GUUUUUAUUUCUUUGGUGAAUGCUUACAGUCUUAAAGCUACAGCAAUGCUCAUUAAUAUCACAUCAGUUGCUAAAGUGUUGGCACUUAUAUUUAUCACAGGACUUGGAGUAUGGCAACUUAUUAAAGGAGAUCAUAGUCAUAAUUUGACGUCAUCUUUUGAAGAUACCAAUCCUUGUGUUGGUGAGAUUGUACUAGCCUUCUACUCAGUAUUGUUCUCCUAUGAAGGAUGGAAUGGGAUUGGUUAUACUGUAGAAGAAAACAAGAAUGUGAAAAGGAAUCUAUUACUUGGGAUAUUUCUUGGAGUCCCUUGUGUGACUGGUUGCUAUGUUCUCGUUAACAUUGCCUAUUUCGCUGGCUUGAGCAAAAGUCAAGUCCUCUCUUCACCUGCCACUGCACUCACGUUAGCUCAGUCUACAAUAGGUGAUGCUGGUCUUGUCCUGAUACCACUGAUGGUAGCAGUCUCAACCAUUGGAGCUGCCACUGGUGCAGUCUAUGCUGGCUCUAGGGUAAUGUAUACCACUGCCAGGGAUGGGAACUUGAUUGAAACACUAAGUUUGCUUCACAAUAAGUUCCAGACACCAGUCAUGGCACUAAUAGUACAGGGUCUUUUGACCUGUCUGCUCAUAGUAAUUGGUAGUAUUGGUCAUUUGAUUGAUGGCCUCACUACUCUCAUGUGGGUAUUCUAUGGACUGGUCUUUGUUGGACUGUUAGUAAUGAGGUUCACUAGAAGACAAGAGACAAGACCGUUUAAAUCAGUCUAG